AUGACUUCGCAGCAUUCCUGGUUCCGGGGCCCCGAGCUCCGUAGUAUUGUCUUCGAUACCCCGCCCUCUACCUGGAUUGUCCUCAAGCGCGUUAACGAACACGAGCACCGAAAGGAUCCCGACCACUCCGCUGUCUCCUAUGCUUCCGUUAAGAUAUAUAAGCAACUGCCCCACCUCGGCACAGAGUUUGACGACUAUGCUACCCGCGCUAGGCAAGCUAGGGCGUGGACUCCGCCCGAGCUAGUUGCAUACAAGACUCUUACCGAUAAGCAGUCGGAAGUCACCCCCCGCCUCCUAGGAUAUAGGGAAGAGGAGCAAGAGAGCUCUGCUCUUGUACCCGCUGGCUUCCUGGUCUCGUUUGCGUGGGAGCAAGUGCCUGGUAUUCAGCUAGGGGAUAGUCUUGGCGCAAAGGUCUUCUGGGAUAUGACUGUUGAUCAACGCCACAAUAUUCGGGAAGCCUUUAAGAACAAGACAAUCCGGUAA